GCUACGGUGUUCAAGACGGAAGAGAUUUUAGCUAGCCUCCAGAAGUCUGCUGAGGUAGAAGAGGCCAAUUGGUGCCAAUUGGUUUCUGCAAAAGAGGAGGAGUGUCGACGUCUCCGAGAGGCAGCUAAUUCGACCGAAGUGAGUCACUCAUUCUUUCGCUUCUAUAAUCAGCACUCAUCUUAG